CUAUAGAAUAGAGAUAAGACCUAAACGUUAAAUACAGCCUUCCCCACUCGCACAGUCCACAGCCUCAACCUACCCCAGUCCAUGUCCUUUUCCGUCAUUUCACCCUCCUAUAAAUACCGCAGCCGCGAAGGACCGUUCCGCAAUGGACUUAAAUGACUAUUCUACCCCGCCGUCUCUACUUCACAGACUCACGCAAUCCCUCUGCUUCUCCUGCUGCUUCCACCGCCGGCGCCGGCGCCGCCACUUUCCUCUCCCCUCCGACGAAAAUCCGACGCUAAUUUGGAUCGAGUGUGGCAAAUCCCGGCCGCCGCACGAUCAUCAGUCACUGUCGGAGAUCAAAGAGGCGUGUUGCUCCAUCUUCGGAAUCGCCGGAGUGAAGAGCCGGCGGUACUCUAUGGCGGAGUUCAGAUACGAUCCGUUGAGCUACGCGCUGAAUUUCGAGGAUGGAUUUGAAUUCGACGACGAGGCGCCGUUGAAGAGUUUCUCCGCCAGAUUGCCGCCGUCUCCGCCGUUAGCUGAGACGGUGACGGCGUUAUGAUCGAUCCGUUACCGUUAUCCCUUUUCCUAUUUUACCUACGGAAGGCAAUAAAUGAAUUAUAUAUACGAGUGUGUUUUUUUGUAUGAAGUUGAAAAAAAAUUGAUUUGAAUUUUAUAUGAAAAUAGUGUUUGAUGAAA